ACGAUCACCACGGACACGGGCUACAUGAGGGGCCACGGCACCUACGUGGACGAGGAGAAGCUCAUCGCCUCGGUGGCCGGCGCCGUGGAGAGGGUGAACAAGCUGGUAUGUGUCAAAGCGCUGAAGACCAGGUACAACGGCGAGGUCGGUGAUAUCGUGGUCGGGAGAAUCACGGAGAGAAGGAGAUCAGCGGAAGAUGAGCUUGCGAUGAGGGACUAUCUGCAGGAAGGGGACCUCAUCAGUGCAGAGGUCCAGUCUGUAUUUUCUGAUGGGGCUGUAUCACUGCACACCCGGAGUCUGAAAUAUGGGAAGCUUGGCCAGGGUGUGCUUGUUCAGGUCUCGCCCUCCCUUGUGAAACGCCAGAAGACUCACUUCCAUGACUUGCCCUGUGGUGCAUCUGUGAUCCUUGGCAACAACGGUUUCAUCUGGAUCUACCCAACUCCAGAGCAGAAAGAUGAAGAGGCAGGGGGCUUCACCACCAACUUGGAGCCGGUUCCCUUGUCUGACCGGGAGGUGAUCUCACGGCUCCGGAACUGCAUUGUGGCUCUGGUUACUCAGAAGUUGAUGCUCUUUGACACCAGCAUCCUGUAUUGCUAUGAAGCAUCCCUUCCUCAUCAGAUCAAGGACAUUCUCAAACCAGAGGUGAUGGAGGAGAUCGUUCUGGAAACCCGACAGAGGUUGCUGGAUCUGGAGGGAUAGUGCACAUGGCCAGAAGCAGUUGUUUGAAGUCCCAGCAUGGCAGCUUUUGUUUACCAGUUUUUUUUUUUUCCAGUGUUCUAGUCCCCAACAUUCAUUCCACAGUUCAGAAGCCACCAAAAUUCUUAAUUUUAACUCCUAGGAUACCUCCUGAGACCUUUUUGUAUAAUAAUACUAAAGAGUACUUAAGUACAAUAGCUUUUUAGUGCAGCAGUCUGAAAAAUUAGUAUCUGACCUUUAUGAAGAUGCAGAUACAACUGAGACAUAUCUCAUAGCACUUGUUGCUGUGUCUAGUGCCCCUGAACUUUGUGCAGAAUGAGAGAAAGGGAUGUGUUUUGUGAUGUUUCUCUCUCCCCAAAGGCUUUCUAAAUGGUUUUGAUUUUCCUU